AGGGGGCGCUGUGGGCACCGCCAAGCGUCCUUUUGUCAGCGCGCACCGCCGAGAGAGCUCUCAUUUCCUCCCCGCCUCUUGCGGGAAAUGGAUUUAAUUCUGACGGCAGGGCUGUAAGGCACGAGCGGGAACGGAAAGCCUUUUGUCAAGGAGUCGCAGCCUCUGUUGUCUGGGAUUACCACCGACGCGGAGAAGCUGCAUUGCUGGUGGAAUUCCAGGCAGCGCUGACAAGUGCGGUGCUGUUAGGAUGGGUAGGAAACAUUGCUCUGCAGAUUAGCUGGGUGCAUUUAUUAAGCAGAUCCAAAAAAAGAAAAAAACACCACCACAAAACAAAAAAACCCAACAGCCCACAGUGGAAGACCAGAGAUGGAUAAGAUGCCGUGCAGGAGUUGCCGUCUAAGAUUCAACUGACUCAAACGAGCCUUAUGGAUAAUAGAAAUCAAAUCUCAGUUUCCUAAAUGGACGUUUUGUGCUUUCUGACUAACCCCAAAGGAGGCGUUGGUCUGGCAUCCUGGCAGGAGCAGAUGAUCCGAGUUUCCACCUGGAUGUGUGAAAUCCUGUGGAUGUGGUCGGCGUCCCUGAGAGCAGAGCGGGGUGCACAGGCCGAGUGCUGAGAAGAGGCAGCCUGGGAAGAGGCUGGUCCAGCCUCCCGGAUUCCAGGCGUGGAUUGCAAACCCACCAGGAAAAUGAGUGAAGAGACUGUCCCCGAGGCUGCCUCCCCGCCGCCCCCGCAGGGGCAGCAGUACUUCGAUCGCUUCUCUGAGGACGACCCUGAGUACAUGCGCCUUCGCAACCGCGCAGCGGACCUGCGGCAGGACUUCAACCUGAUGGAGCAGAAGAAGCGCGUCACCAUGAUCCUGCAGAGCCCCUCUUUCAGGGAGGAGCUGGAAGGCCUCAUCCAGGAGCAGAUGAAGAAAGGGAACAAUUCCUCCAACAUCUGGGCCCUGCGGCAGAUCGCGGACUUCAUGGCCAGCACCUCCCACGCAGUCUUCCCAACAUCUUCCAUGAACUUCUCCAUGAUGACGCCCAUCAAUGACCUCCACACAGCCGACUCCUUGAACCUGGCCAAGGGGGAGCGGCUCAUGCGGUGCAAGAUCAGCAGCGUCUACCGACUCCUGGACCUCUAUGGCUGGGCCCAGCUGAGCGACACCUACGUCACGCUGAGAGUCAGCAAGGAGCAGGACCACUUCCUGAUUAGCCCUAAGGGAGUUUCUUGCAGUGAAGUCACAGCAUCCAGUCUGAUCAAGGUGAACAUCCUAGGAGAGGUGGUGGAGAAGGGCAGCAGCUGCUUCCCGGUGGACACCACGGGCUUCUGUCUGCACUCGGCCAUCUACGCAGCCAGACCUGACGUGCGCUGCAUUAUCCAUCUGCACACGCCAGCCACAGCAGCGGUGUCAGCCAUGAAGUGGGGCCUCCUGCCUGUCUCCCACAACGCCCUGCUGGUGGGGGACAUGGCCUAUUAUGACUUCAAUGGCGAAAUGGAGCAGGAAGCGGAUCGGAUCAACCUGCAGAAGUGCCUUGGACCCACCUGCAAGAUCCUGGUGCUAAGAAACCAUGGAGUGGUUGCUCUAGGGGACACCGUGGAGGAGGCGUUUUAUAAGAUCUUCCACCUGCAGGCCGCAUGUGAGAUACAGGUGUCUGCUCUGUCCAGCGCCGGGGGAGUGGAGAAUCUCAUCCUCCUGGAGCAGGAGAAGCACCGACCCCAUGAGGUGGGCUCUGUGCAAUGGGCGGGGAGCACCUUCGGACCCAUGCAGAAGAGCCGGCUCGGGGAGCAUGAGUUUGAGGCCCUCAUGAGGAUGCUGGACAACCUGGGUUACAGAACAGGCUACACGUACCGCUACCCCUUUGUUCAAGAGAAAACCAAACACAAAAGUGAGGUGGAGAUUCCAGCCACGGUGACCGCCUUCGUGUUUGAGGAGGACGGUGCCCCGGUGCCCGCCCUGCGGCAGCACGCCCAGAAGCAGCAAAAGGAGAAGACCCGCUGGCUCAACACGCCCAACACCUACCUGCGGGUCAACGUGGCUGACGAGGUCCAGAGGAGCAUGGGCACCCCCCGGCCCAAGACCACAUGGAUGAAGGCUGAUGAAGUGGAGAAAUCCAGCAGUGGCAUGCCCAUCCGGAUCGAAAACCCAAACCAAUUUGUGCCUCUCUAUACCGACCCCCAGGAAGUGCUGGACAUGCGGAACAAGAUUCGAGAACAAAAUCGACAAGAUGUGAAGUCAGCAGGGCCUCAGUCCCAGCUCCUGGCGAGCGUUAUUGCUGAGAAGAGCCGAAGUCCGUCUACAGAGAGCCAACUGAUGUCCAAGGGUGACGGGGAUACCAAAGAUGAGUCAGAGGAGACGGUGCCCAACCCCUUCAGCCAACUCACUGACCAGGAGCUGGAGGAGUACAGGAAAGAGGUGGAGAGGAAGAAACUAGAACUGGACGGAGAGAAGGAAACAGCCACGGAGGAGCCUGGCUCCCCUGUCAAGUCUGCACCUGCUUCUCCAGCACAGAGUCCGGCGAAGUCAGAGACGAAGAGCCCUGUGGUCUCUCCCUCCAAGUCUUUAGACGAAGGUGCUGAGAAGACAGACACAAGCAAAGCCACCACAGAACCUGAAACAACGCAGCCAGAAGAGGUGGUGGUGAACGGGAGGGAGGAUGAGCAGACCGCAGAGGAAAUUCUCAGCAAAGGCUUGAGCCAGAUGACCACCACUGCCGACACGGAUGUCGAUACCUCUAAGGACAAAACCGAAUCGGUCACCAGUGGCCCCAUGUCCCCAGAGGGCUCACCUUCCAAGUCUCCCUCAAAGAAGAAAAAGAAAUUCCGAACCCCAUCCUUCCUGAAAAAGAGCAAAAAGAAGGAGAAAGUGGAGUCCUGAUUCGUAGCACCCUUGGGCUCCCAUCUGCAUCCUCUCUCUCCUCCCCUCCUUUCUCCCAUCUGUGUCCCUGGAAGCACAGGGCCAAGGAGGGAUAGAAUAGGACCCUGGAUCACACUCUGAGGGGGAACUUAGAGAUCGCCCGACCAACUCCUCAUUUUACAGUUGCCCCAAAGACAUCAGGUGACUUUCCCAAGGCCACACAGCUCGUUAGUGGCAGAGCCUGCACUAGAAUUCAGGUCUCCUGGCUCCCGGUCCAGUGCUCUUUCCACUACACAACACUGCCUAGCUGUGGGCUGCCUUUGUGAGGAUGCUGCCUGCUGAUCUGAGCCGGUGGCAAGGAGGCCAGAGUGGGCCGCAGGCUCUCACAGGCUCAGACUAAAUCAGACAGGUCAAGGCUCCCCCUCAGCAAGGUCCUUUUCCUCACGGGAACCCAAUCUCCUGCUGAUGGAGCUGUCACUACGUUUAGAAAUCUCUCUUCUCCUUUGCAUAAGGUCCCUGUCCUGCUGCUCACAGUAACCAGACAAAUUGACCCAUCCCCUCCAACAGAAGUUAAUCUUUGUUCCCAAGGGCUGAUGGCUUAACUUGCACUUCCCCAACCACUACCCCUGAGCUUUCUUCAUGGAACCUCCUGAAUGAUGGCUGGAAGACUUGUAAGAGUUGGCAGACAGAAGGGCAAGCUGAGUCAGCCAUAGAAUUAGGGAUAGUUUAAUUAAUGUAAGAAGCCAGGAACUUGACCCACUGGAAUUGUGCAUCUCAGACGCUUCAAAACCAAACUUAGCUUAGAAAAAGUUGUUUCGUGCUCAGGGCAGAAACUUGGGGAAAUUUAGAUCCUCUGUUAGCUUUGGGUUGUCCAAGGAGGAUCAGAACAGCACAGAAUAUGCUCUGCCUUUCUAGCUUUGCAUGAUGAGUGGAGCAAUGCGGCUCUCCCUGGCUCACUCCUGUCCAGCAGUCAAGUGUUCCCUGACCUUUCUCACACCUGGAACCACUGGCUCACAGACUGGAACUGGCAUCUUACCCUUGGCACCUUGACCUUGGCUCCUUUGGGUUCUGAUUCAGUCACCAUGGGUCCAGCAGAGGAGAAUGAGAUGAGCCCUUCAGGAUUAAUCCUCAGGAUCAGCUAUCAGAGAAAUGCUUGGGUGUCCCUGGCCCUGUUCCUGUCCAUCCUGGGUCCUGAUAUUAGCCACAGCUAUUGUUUUAAAUGCCAACACUGUCUUUGCAGAUUCUUCCAUGGGGCAUUGAUUAAUGAGCAUUGUUGGCUCCUAAAAACCCGACAAUCCAUUCACUUUAAAGCACAGUGUCUUCAAAGAAUAUUUUCCCUUCUUGUCCUAAUUAUUGUAAAAGUAUUUUUGAAAGUUCCUAGUCGUAGUUUUCCAUUUUUGAGCACUUACUAUAUAUACAUAUAUAUAGACACUGUGAAGGCUUUACAAGCACUAUAUCCUUUGACCCUCUCAACAAUCCUGUGAUGUGGGUAAGAUUAUUCCCAAUUUCUGGGUAUGCAGACUGAGCCCCCAAAAGAUAAUUGACUUGUUCCAGGUGACUUGGCUAGAAAGAUCCAGAGUCUGGAUUUGAACCCAGGUCAGUCCAAGUCUGGAGCCUUUGCUCGUAACAGCCAGGAUGAUCAGAAAACUUUAAUUGUCAGGGUGAUCGUCUUAGUCCAGGACCCAUGUCUGUGACUGGCCUCCGCUAUGUAAUGUUAGCACUUGAAAUGAAGGUAGGAAACUACCUGUGUUCUGCCCCAAUCAGUGCACAUUAAGUUCCUGGUUAUCAUGGACUGUGGCGAGGCCAGUGUGGACCUCUGACAAAAGAGAGGCAAGAGCCUUUUGGUUGGGACGGGAAAUAUGAUCCAUAGUUGGGCUAUUUCUUGAGAAGGAAGGAAACUGACAUAUAACUAAGGAAAACCCCAUACUGUGUGUCUAUGAUGCAGAUUCCUGACCACUACCCCAGGCCCCCUCUGUCUGUUCUGCUUUCUGAUAGACAACCCAACGGUUAGGGGCACUGAUGCCCCAGAAAAGUCUGUGAUAUUGGAAAUGCCUUUAAAAGCCAAUCCUUUGAUGCCUUCUUUUAAAAAAUAGAUUUCACAUUCAUUCAUUCAUCCCUUCACAAUAUUUGUAAAGCACUCACUAAGCGUCAGACAUUGUGCUGACUUUAAAAGAAAACAGUUCUUGUGACUAGAAUAAUCAGCGGCGAGCAGCGUUAAGGGAAGGGUGGAGUGGACACAGCCACUGACGCAGCUUUUUGUGUUUGAGUGGUCGCGUUUAGGGAUCAUGUUGAUUGACUCUGCAUCAACAAAUUCCCUGUAUUCCCUUUACAACAGUGAGGCCUUGUUUAGGUAAAAAUGCCUGAGCCUUGCUGGAGCAUUGUCCUUGGAAUUUAUGCCACGAAUCUGCGUCCUAUUUACCCAUUUGUUCAUUCUUCGUGCAUGCAAAAAACACGCAUGAGCGUGGGUCAUGGGCCAGGCUGGAGGGCAAGACAUUCUAAUAUAGGAGGCAUGUAGACGAGUUAGAAAAUGGGCAAGUGUGCGGAGGCGGCAUAGGGAAGCAAUGAUUUACUGUCUGUCAGGCCAGAGAAACCUUCCUGAAAGGAGUGAUGGUUGAGUUAGGUAUUUAAAACAAAGAGGAAUUUUCCAGGAGAACAAAAGGGUUGGCAGGACAUUUGUGAGGAGGGAAGAGCAUGUGCAAAGGUGUGGAAGCGUGAGACUCCAUGACACGUCCUCUGAGUAAUUCAGUACCACCAGAGCAUCAAGUGUAAGGGAGGGCGGGUCUACUUCACUGGUGGGCAGGGCUGGAUCAUAAAGAAACUUGUAGAAGGUGUGGAGGAGCUAGACUGUAUCAUGUUCAGGAUUUGGAGCCACUGAGGGCUUGUGAUCAGGGUAGAGUCAUGAUCAGAAAAACGUCUUCAUUGGCACAGUGGAGAACGGCCUGGAGAGGAGCGGGCAGAAGGCAUGGGAGGUCUCCACGUUUCUGAAACGUCACUACUAAAACGUGCUUGGUGGCCUGCCUUCCACUACAUUUUCCUUUAGAGCAAAUAGCUUCCAGCACGGAAUUCAUCUCCACAAAAUUCUUUGGAUAAGGCAUCUUAAGAGAGAUUUUCAGCAAUGACAGGGAACUGUUCGAACAGUUAACGCUUAGUGUAGGUUCCAGUUCUGUUUAGUCUUGGGGUAGAAUUGCUGAGAGAAUUGUUGAGUCGUUCUGCCAGUUUCUUUCCUUGUUCGUGUAGGACGUGGCCUGCUUAGCUCCGGGCUUGGAGGCCUGGAGGCCAUGCACUGAAGGCUGUUGAAGCAGAAGAGCAGUCCAAACAAAAUCCUAGGCUUUUAGAGUGAGAGGAGGGGCGUUUUCUUUGGCUCUGGAUAAAAGUUGGCUGAAAACUUAGGCCAAUAUCUGUCUGGAGAAAAAAAUAUAUAUGGAGAGCUCAGAAUUGGUAGGCAAUAGGUUUGCGUCUAGGAAAGCCACUGUGUUUGGAUAUGCCGCAGAAAAGGGAUGAGAACAUUUGAACCAAUGUGCUGUGCUGUGGUGGCUGAGCUGGGAAGUGGGAAGGUUUUGAGGCUGUUCCCAUGGGAAGAAUCUGUGCACCCGUGGCUGGCACCCAGCUCUGGUGUGGGAGCACCAUCCACACAUGUGACCUUUCCUCACACUUUGCAAAAAGCACUGCCAAGAGACAACCCCCUAGUCCAGAUCUGGGCUCCAUAAGCGCCUCCUAGCCUGCAGGUGACCCAGCAGGUGACCCAGAUAACUGUCCUACGACAACCAGGUUAUUUAUGAUGAUAAUAACUUCCCUCAACACUCCUGUAGCUAAAAUUGGGUUCUCCCUCUGCAGACAGAUAAGUGAUUUUUAAAGGACUUGGGGGGAUCUGGAUGAGGAACCUGGUCCACUAAGAACCCCACUGGGAAGCCUUAUACCUCUGAUUUAUGUACACUGAGCUUUGAAUCCUGUUCCCUGUCUAGUAUUGUGUCACCCACUCAUGAAUGUGGCGAGACAGAGAAGAGAAAUGCUAUAAAGCCACUCUGCUAGUUGCUGUGGAUUUGAAAGGACCAUUGGCCCAAGAGCCCAAUUCACUUCUGAAAGUCUAAAUGGCUAAAAAGAAGUUUGCAUUUUUUCCAUGCAGUUGUGCAUAGGGCUAGAUAGACACGCAGCUUACCAUUGGCCUGUAUGCCGUCUUUUGCAAAAGUGUGAAGUUUAUGUUCUAGGCCCAGGCCAAGAGUAUUCAGUUUUUGACUAUUGAACAAAUGAAAGGACAUAUAGCGCUUACUCAUGUUACUCCUCUGGAUCAGGAGAAACCCUUGAGUCGGUGGGCACAGUAGCAGUUGACUCUGAGCACAGAGGAAACAGGUCUUGUUACAUCUUCUCACCACCGGAGCCCAGGCAAGCUCUCUAAGACAAUACAAUUCAGAGUCUGAGAAGAAAUGAGGGAAGGGAGAAAUACAUGCCCUCCACUCCCAUGGAAAGGACAGGGCAUCCCAGAAUUCAAAACCUGAUAGGACAUCAUAUCGCCACUGUCGCACAUCUAUUCCAAAAAGGAUAAUUUAAUAAGAGAAGUCAGAUACCUGAAGUGACUGAUGAAAUGUGCUUAUUGGUUAUUUCUCUGUGCAUAGUUCUACUUGUGCCACAAUAUGAAAAAGCAUACACAGGAGAGUGAUUACUUCCAAACGCCCUAACUAAUCUGUCCUCUUGGAUGGGGCAUACUUUUUGCCAGAAAUAAGAGAGCGCACAUAGAGCCCUGCCACCAAGGCACACCCAGCCCCCUUGAGCCUCUCACAGUGCGAAGCCACACUCCCCCAGGAAUCAACGUGGCUAUUUCAGAUGGGGUGUCCUUUAGUGGAGAAAGCUCCUUUCAUUGUUUUUAUAGGCUGGCUUCUCUUUUUAGAAACAAUUAGAAGGAAUCUCCAGGUGAGGGUUUUCUUAAGAAUACGGAAGUAAUGGUUAGUUUGCAUUGGUUUGUACUUAAGUGGCAUUAGGUUUUGCCAAAUUGAUGUUUGGUGCCAUUUGCCUUCAGGAUGUCCCCAAAAGUUGAGUCAUUGCUUUGAGAAAUUGGUGCCUGCAGAUGGAGGAGAAAUGGUUCUGUUACUGACACAGGGGAGGGACUCAGGUAUAGCUGGAUCCAGAGCCUCAGUGUGGGAAAGUACCUGUAGCUUUCCCAGUGUAGUUGGGUCCUUGGCUCCUUGUCUUGCCCAGUGUUUCUCAAGCAGCAGGAUGAGGUCAGCUGUGAUGUGGCAAAUCCCUUAUCUCUCAGUUGUGUAAAGAAAAUGUGAGGGUUUAGGCGGUGGUGCGAGAAUAACAGUGGAAAAACCCUAAACUCUUCUACCCUCCAGCAAAUCAUCCUGUAUAACUUUUAGAGACUCAAAGGCCAGAUCUUCCCUUUUAAAGAGAAUCGGAAAGAGGAUGACAGUUGGACCGAGGACAGAGGGGCCAUAUUUAAAUACAACAAAGCCCUUAUAAAUGGGAAUAUAUUUCGGGGACCCCCACCCCCACGUUUCCACCUCACGCCUGUUGGGCCUGCUUUGUGGGUGAUUGUUGCUCUCUGUGGUCUGCUUGUCGCUCUCCAUGGUCUGCACCACCUUUAAAUUCCUGCAAUCUAUGCUACAACUGCUGAGUCCAGUGUUCAUCCUCUCCCGGGAAGAGGAGAGGUGGGCAGAAGAAAUAAUCCAGAGCCUGGGCUCGCUGGGCUGGGGGUGUGGGGAUCUAGGUAGAAAGUGUGGUGUUCUCUAAAGCUGUGGAUGGUCUCAGUGAAAUGUCUGUGUCUGACAAUCGUCUUCCUUUGUACAUACACUGUCUGUGUUUAGCUUUUCCUAGUAUCGUGAAGUUUCAAAUAGGGGUUCCAUGUAAAUACUCUUUCUGCUACUGACAUGCCAGCCCCCUGGAUCAUGCAUCAACCCCACACGGUUUUGCCUUUCUCUAUGCUAACACUUUUGAGCCACUGACGUGCAGAUUGAUGAUUAGUUUCUUGGGCUUUUAUUUUGCAAUUUUAUAUAUAUAUAUACACAUAUAUAAUAUAUAUAUAUUUAUGAGUUGGUUUUGUAUAGUUUUCUGUUUGAAUCUCUGAGCACCAAAGCUGCCCUUUGAUUUUCGAGAGAACUUUCCAAAGCCACUUCCUGGGCCCUCCCGCUGCUUUGGUGUUUGUGGUGCCGGGCGGUACCUCUGCCCGUGGAUUUCUGUAUGUACGUGCUGUGAUCUCACCUGCAGAUAUUACCCUAGUAAAUCUACCGUGCUUGGCC